AUGUGCAGCCCAGUGCACAAAAUACUUCUGUUCCUCAGGCGAUCAGCCCACAACAUCAAACAACUUGACAAAAUCCUAGCCAAAACCAUCACAACUAGUCUCAUCCAUACCACCACCGCAUGGAAUUGGAUUCUUAUAGCCUACUCUAAAAGCCCCAUACCCAUUAAAGCCAUUCUCAUUUACAACAACUUUAUCACAUCAAACUCUAUCUGCCCAGACAACUACACUUACCCAUCUGUACUCAAGGCUUGUACUCGUAUACUUUCACUUGCAAAAGGUAAAGAAGUACAUGCCCACAUCACAAAAAUAGGUCUAAAUGGCCACAUUUAUGUACAAAAUGCUCUUAUUCACUUAUAUAGCUCCACAGCACAGAUGACCGACGCACACCUCUUGUUUGACACUAUGUCUCAGAGAGAUAUCACAAGUUGGAAUACACUCCUAGCCGCUUACAGCACAAAAGUCGGGUCAAAGUCCGAAGUGCUGCCUCUGUUUCGAGGAAUGUUGCAUGAAGGCAUUCGAGUAAAUGAGAUCACUUUGGUGAUUUUAGUUACAACUUGUGCACAAGUAAGAGGGAUAGAGUACGGUAGGGCAGUCCAUGCUUAUGUUAUAAAAGUGGGAUGCAUUUGCCACUUGAAUUUGGAGAAUGCACUGCUAGGUUUGUAUGCCAAGUGCAGGGAGAUGAAUGGGGCGCGAAAGUUGUUUACCGAGAUGGAUGGUAGGAGUGAUGUAGUGUCACAAACGAUUUUGAUCAAUGGUUAUAUGGAAAUAGGGUUUGUAGAUAUGGCUCGUGAUAUAUUUGAUCGUAUGGUUGACAAGGACAUAGUUUUGUGGAACUCAAUGAUUCAUGGGUAUGUAAAGGGAAAGCGCCCGAAUGAGGCUUUAGCACUUUUCAAGAAAAUGGAGAGUGGAAUGGUGAAACCGGAUGAAACCACUAUUGUUUGUGUUCUUGCAGCGUGUGCUAGCAUAUCAGACCUGCAAUAUGGUAGAUAUGUUCAUCAGUUUGUCCUCCAAAACAGUAUAAGGCAAGACAUUUUUGUCAAAACAGCUCUGAUUGACAUGUACUUGAAGUGUGGAAGUUUGGAUGCAGCCAUGGUGAUUUUCUACAAGACGGAAGAAAAGGAUGUUUUUACUUGGACAACAGUGAUUGAAGGGCUUGCAAAUUAUGGGCACCAAAAAGAAGCUUUGAGGUUGUUUUAUCAAAUGGAGAAACAUGGAAUUAAGCCGAAUGAAGCAACAUUUGUUUCUAUAUUGACAGCAUGUAGACAAUCGGGGCUGGUUGAAGAAGGCUGUUUUUUGUUCAGUAGAAUGGUAGGGUUAUACGAUAUCCAACCAAAGAUUGAGCACCUAGGCUGUCUGAUUGACCUCUUGAGCAAAGCCGGACUCUUGCACCAGGCGGAGGAGUUUAUCAAUAUCAUGCCACCUGACGAAAGACUUGUAGCUUACAAAACUCUACUUAGUGCUUGCAGAAGUUAUUCAAAUAUUGAUCUCGGAUCAAAGGUUGCAAAUGAACUUGUUAAGUUGGGUUCACAAAGCCAUGAAGUUUAUAUACUGCUGUCAAACUUCUAUGCUCUUGCAGGAGACUGGGCUACAGUUGAAGAGAAGAGACGAAUCAUGAAAAAAGUUCAUAUGACGAAGGAGCCAGGCAUCAGUUCGAUAGAAAUGAAAACUGAUCUGAAGAUAUUUCAGCAGCAAGACAGGCCAGUCUAA